AGCCAUUUUGAUUUCAGUCGUAGAAAAACAAACAAAAUUUUGGUUUGUGUCUUUUGCGUGUAGUUGAUGACUGAAGAGAAAGGAGGUUAGUAAUAACACAGAAGAAAACUAUGGGGGUUACCGGCGUUUUAGAUGAUAAUUUACAAGAACGUGUUAAUAAUGCUAAAGUUCUCGUAGUUGGAGCUGGAGGAAUUGGAUGCGAGUUAUUAAAAAACCUGGUGCUAACUGGAUUCAAGGAUAUCGAAGUGAUUGAUUUGGACACCAUUGAUGUUAGCAACCUGAACCGUCAGUUCCUGUUCCACAAGCAACAUGUUGGAAAGUCCAAGGCUAAAGUGGCACGAGAGAGCGCUCUACAGUUCAAUCCGGACGCGAAGAUAGAGGCUUACCAUGACUCCAUCAUCAACCCAAAGUAUGGAGUGAGCUACUUCCAGCGGUUCAAUGUGGUAUUGAACGCCUUGGACAACCGGGCAGCUCGUAACCAUGUCAACCGGCUGUGUCUGGCAGCUGGAGUGCCACUGAUAGAGAGUGGCACAGCCGGCUAUGAUGGGCAGGUCGAGUUGAUUGUGAAAGGGCGCACCAAGUGUUACGAGUGUGACCCGAAGGCACCGCAGAAGUCCUUCCCGGGCUGUACGAUCAGAAACACUCCUUCAAUACCCAUUCACUGUAUUGUGUGGUCCAAACAUCUGUUCAAUCAGCUGUUUGGAGAAGAAGAUCCAGAUGAGGAUGUCUCCCCGGACACUGCGGAUCCAGAAGCAGCAGGUGAAGCCGGUGAAGAUGCAUUGACGGCGAAAGCGACAGAUGAAGGUAACGUGGAACGUGUGUCUACGAGAGGUUGGGCUCAGAGUUGUCAGUACGAUCCGGAGAAACUGUUCACAAAGCUGUUCCAUGAUGAUAUAAAAUACCUGCUCAGUAUGGACAACCUGUGGAAGAGCCGACGUCCACCAACCCCUCUCGACUGGAAAAACCUUCCAGAUGCAGUGGAAGGCAGCAGUCGUGAGCCCCAGGAUCAGUUGAAGGAUCAACGCUGCUGGAGCAUCGCAGAAUGUGCCAGUGUCUUCAGCGAGAGUUGCAAGGGCUUAUGGCAGCAGUUUCAGACUCUGAAAGAAGGCGACCAUUUGGUGUGGGAUAAGGACGAUCGCCACGCCAUGGACUUUGUUGCGGCGUGCGCUAACAUCAGAUCUUACAUCUUUGGCAUUCCACAGAAGAGCAGAUUCGAUGUCAAGUCAAUGGCAGGUAACAUUAUUCCAGCAAUCGCCACCACCAAUGCGAUUGUUGCCGGCAUGGUGGUACUCCACGCUCUCAAUGUCCUGCAGGAUCAGUUGGAGAAGUGCCAGUCCGUCUACGUUCGGCUCAGGCCAAACCCCAGGGGACUUAUCAUUGUACCGGAGAAACAUCUGGAGCCACCCAAUCCCAAGUGUUAUGUCUGCUCGCCAAAACCUACAGUGGCGCUGGCAGUGGACACGCAGAAGAUGACAGUGAAGGAACUAGAGGAGGCUGUGCUCAAGAAGGCACUGAACAUGGUUGCCCCAGAUGUCAGAUUAGAUGAUGGGACGGGAUCUAUCAUCAUUUCCAGUGAGGAAGGGGAGACUGAUCAUAAUAACAACAAAACACUGGCGGAAGUUGGAGUGUCAGACCAAACUGUGAUGAUGGUUGAUGAUUUCCUGCAGAACUAUGAACUGGUUGUUGUCGUCUCGCACAAAGAGGAGUUCCCGGAAGGUCUAACAUUCGAGGUGGUGGCUGGCGAUGACGCUAAACCCAAAGAGGAGGAAGUGACCAAGAAUGGAGAGGCCAAGGAGGAGAGCGAUGAUGAUAUGUGUAUCCUGACGGAGCCUGUGGAGGCGGAGGCGGAGGAGAUGGAAGUGGUAGAAGAGCGAGAGGCCCCAUCGUCCGCUAAGCGGAAGUUGAAGGAGAUCGCAGUCCCCGCCAAGAAAAGGAGACGUAACAGUGACGACGUCACAUGCCUAGAUGUAGAUGACGUGUGAAUGUUCAGUGUUCCUUGUGUUCCAUUGCAGUCUGCAAUAAUACUUUCACCAGCCAUUCUAAUAAUUUGGUGAUGUAUUUUUCUAUAAAAUUGUCCAUUGUAAAGCAGUUUCAUAAUUCUUAAACACUAAUAAAAUAUUUGAUUUUGCUGUAUAAUUUCAAAAUAUAAAUUAAUUUUAAUUACACAGUACGUUUUGUAAUGAGUGUAAAAUAAGAGGUUCUAUGUUGUAGUUUAGGUUGUAUUAAUUUAAUGAGUUAUGAUUAUUCAAUGUGAAAAUGGGGAUUGAAUAGAGGCAACCUUGUUAAGAAGUGAGUACUCACUGGGUUGGGAUUGGACAUAAAUGAAAAAAUACAAUCUCUGUACAUGGCACUGAGUGUUAUUUGAAUAGUUCAAUUAUAUAUUAUAAAAAAGUGUCAUUUGAAUAGUUCAAUUAAAUAUUAUAAAAAUUAUCUCAUAAUUUGGGCCACUGUACGAGGUUAAUAAUUGCAGAAGUGGUUCAUUUAUUGGAAGGUACCUAAGUGUUGUGUUCUUAUUUUAUAU